GCAGUGAGGCCAGCGAGCCCCGCGAUCGCAUGCAUAUGUUGGAUCUGGUCACUGAUAUCGUGAUGGCGUCGUCAUCGUCGUCGGUGGGCAUGGAAAUCAGCGAACCAUUCCGCACGGAGGAUCUCUCCAAGACGGACUUCUUUGACUUCGUCACCGGCUCCGCACCGGACAUGGCCAUCACCAGCAGUAGUGGCGGUGGUGGUGGCGGUAACAACAACAACAACAGCGGCUCCUGCACGCGCGUCAUGACGGGCAUCGUGAGCGGACCGAUCGGUGGAUCGACGGUCACGGAUCGACCGCCCGGUCGGAAUGGUCCGGGCGAUCACUCCGAUGGAUCACCUGCCAAUCGGGGAUCGAGCAUGAACACAUCAGCCGCCAGCAACAAUGGACCAUCGGAUGGAAACGAUCAACCACUGCAAGGAUUCGAUCAAUUCUGGGGCUCCGAUAAGGAUGUGAACCGGUUGGAUCCUGGCAUGUUCGAGGAUCUGAAUCGCUACUGUUGGAUACAGCAGAACAACAACAACAACACAAGCAGCGCCAAUAACAACAACAGCAACAACAGCAACAAUGGAGUGCUGAACAACCAAAUGGCCGAUACCGAUGGACAGAUUUACACACUGACAGUAUUAAAUGGAACUCCGGAGCCCUGGGUGCUGAGGAAGGAUCCAAACACUACGGAACCCACGGCGCCUGCCUCGAACCUCGAUCUCGAUACGAUCCUUGGAGGUUUUCCCGGUUACGUCAAGACGGAGUGCUUCUCCUACGAUGACAGUGGCUUCGGUACGGAUCACCACGCAAAAGAGGAUCCCCAUCAACAGCAGCAGCAGCAGCAUCAGCAACACCUGCUCGUACAACAGCAGCACACACAUUCGCAGCUACAACAAGUACAACCUCAACAGCAGCAGCAGCAACAGCAACAGAUGCCUGUUUCAUCCAGCAACAUUGUGCUCUCGAGCAACCUGCUCGACCCCAACAGUGUCCUGGCGUAUCAGAACAACAAUAACAACAACAAUGAUUGGCAAAUGUCGGAUCACAACGUGAUACAGCAGGAAACGCCUGAAUCGUUACUCCGCAGUGCCCUACAGGGUAAGGGCUACACGAAGGGAACCGGAAUGCAGUUACAGAACGGCGGUGGUACCGUGACUGUCCUACAAUCACCGGGCCACAUGAAGGACGAAGAGCUACGGCGGGUUCUCUACUCAACCGGAGAUCCUUCCGAUUCCCUGUCAGCGUACGCUGAUUCCACGUUGACCAAUGGCAUGUACGAUGAUUCCGUUCUGCACUCACCUGCCUCGACGAAUCAAUCCUUACCGACGGCGUUACAGCAACACCAAGAGCACCAGCAGCAUUCGCAGCAAGUUCAAUCACAGAUGACUAGUGGCGUGACGCAAACCGGCCAGCAGGUAGCCGGUGACAUGAGUGCAGGUGGCGGAGGUGAAGCAGGAGGGGGAGGUGGUCCGACGGCGACCAGUGUGGUCGUAGACGAUAUGUUCCUAACGCUCGAUGCUGCCUUCACCGAGGACUACGAGAAGCUGAAGCGGAUAGAGACGGAAGUGCAGCAGUUCUGUAGCGACAACAACAACUACACCGAGAUCAUCGUCGAGACCGGACCGAUCGGAACGCUUCCAUCUGCCAACAGUAACCACGUGAACAGUACGGGGAAUCUGUUGAUUACAGCCACCACGACCAGCACCGGUCCUAACCAACAUCAUCCGCAUCAUCAGGGUGCUGGAUCCGGAGCUGCAAUGGUCCUAACCCCGGUAUCCGUUGGAUCGGUUGGUUUAAGUGCACCACGCCAGCCAACCGUUUCCACGACAACAUCCUCCGAUGUGGUGACGACUACUUCGCCAACGAAAGCCAAGGCACCGAGGGCCAAGAAGAGCUACAAACGAUCUCUAAGCAGUAACGCCAACAGCAAUGCCGGGGGCAAUCAGGCCGGAAGUACAACCGGAAACCCACAGCUGCUCUCCAGCCCUACCAGCACCAAUCUGACCUGCCUGGCCACCUCGAACAACAACAACACCACCAUGAACAACCUUAACACGUUAAGUGGAGGAGGAAUGCUUAGUCCCACGGGGGGUGCUGGUAGUGGGGCAACGAUCAGUAGUGGGGGCAACAGCACCACAACCACCACAACGACAAGUCCGACUCAGUGUGGCAACGGUGGCGGUGGCACGGGUGUUGGUGGUGGCCAGCAGCGGAAGGAACGAUCGCUGCAUUACUGUUCGAUCUGCUCGAAGGGCUUCAAGGAUAAAUACUCGGUGAACGUGCACAUACGCACGCACACGGGUGAGAAACCAUUCGCGUGCUCACUGUGCGGUAAAAGCUUCCGGCAGAAGGCUCACCUGGCCAAACACUACCAGACCCAUCUGGCACAGAAGAAUCCGGCCGGUGGGGGCACUGCUGGUGGUGGUACGGUGUCGAAACAGAGCAAACAAAGUCGUCUAGCAGCCCCGCCCCCCUCUGAUCCUGUUACGUCCGGUCAGCUGACGUCACCAGU